AUGAGUAAUUUUUUUGUGGAAAAUAAAGGUGUAUUUGUAGAAGAGAAGGAGGAUAUACUUGAAAAGGAGGAUGUUGUAUAUGAGGAAAGUGAAAGUAUAGAGAAAAAUGAAAGUAUAGAGUUUGAGGAAAACAAAAGUGUAGGGUUUGAGGAAAAUGAAAGUGUAGAGUUUGAGAAAAACGAAAGUGUAGGGUUUGAGAAAAAUGAAAGUGUAGGGUUUGAGGAAAACGAAGCCACAUUUGAAGAAAAUGAAAACACUAUGCUUGAGGAAAACAGAGAGGUCAUGCUUAAAUUUUAUACGUCUCAAUUCUUAACUACUAAUGAAAGACGUGAACUUCUCUUCAAUGUUGAUAAACCAUUUGAAGUUUCAAUGCAUGAUUUUGAUCAAGCAUAG